UCUCAGUUCCCCCGAGAACCGCGCACAAACAACCCAAGUCCCUAAUAAGGCUUCCGAAAACAAAUCUUGUUUGUCCUUGUUGGACCGGGCCUUACUCAAUUACUUCUCAACUAUCAGAUCCGGCCCAACUCUCAACCCCUACCCAGCUUUCCCCAAAUACAACCGCCUUUUGUGACACGUACUCUCCCUCCCAUUCCCAACUGCCACCUCCGGGUACGCAGUGGCGAAGUACUCAACUCCUCUCUCACUCUUCACCACCCUCACAUCUUCACAAUGUCAACCUCCAACCCAAACACCACCACCGUCCGAUCUCCCAAACCUUAACGCUUCCCAAUGUCCACAACCAUCUCCAUCCGCGACUCCGCCCCCACCGCCGCUAUGGCCGCAGCCAUAUCCUCCUCCGACAUGAAUGGCGGAUUCUACUCCCCAGCCAAAGCCAAAGCCAAAGCCAAAGCCACCAGACCCCUCUUCAGCCCACGCUUCCAGCCAUUUCGGCGUCUCCGCCACCUCUUUUGCCCGCGCAAGCUCAGACUCGUCGCCUCUGUUUUCCUUCUCUGCUUCGUCGUGUUCCUCUCCUCCAGGCUCAGCUCUCUCAUGGGCUGGCUCCCUCCCCAACCCAACUCCUCAUUUCCAAGGGGUGGUGGAUACACUGUUCUGAUAAACACAUGGAAGCAAAGCUCUGCUUUGAAGCAAUCGGUUUCUCACUAUGCCACGUGUGAUGGGGUUGCUUCUAUUCAUGUGGUGUGGUCUGAUAGUGAUCCGCCCUCGGAAACUUUGAAGUCUUGUCUUGAAAAGAUGGUGUUUUCAAAGUCAAGAGCAGCUCAAAAACCUGACUUUAGGUUUGGGAUGAGGCAGGAUGAGGAUUUGAACAACAGGUUCAAGCCGAUUGAGGGGAUGACAACUGAUGCUGUGUUUUUGGUUGAUGAUGAUGUGAUUGUCUCGUGUGACACAUUGGAUUUUGCUUUCGGAGUUUGGCAGUCUGCGCCGAAUGGUAUGGUUGGGUUCACUCCUAGAAUGCAUUGGAUUGAUGAGGAGAAGAGUGGCGUGGCGAAUUAUGAGUAUGGGGGAUGGUGGUCAGUUUGGUGGAUGGGGACAUAUAGCAUGCUGCUUCCGAAAGCUGCAUUCUUUCAUAGGAAAUACUUGGAUUUGUAUACUUACGCUAUGCCCUCAUCCAUUCGUGAUUAUGUCACCAGGGAGAGGAACUGUGAAGAUAUUGCUAUGUCAUUGCUUGUUGCUAAUGCCACCGGUGAACCUCCGAUUUGGGUGAAAGAUUGCUUUGGGAGUCUCUAAGGUCUUCUGCUUUUGAAGAAACAAUCUUUCCGGAAAGAGCCAUGAAAUUGAAGCUACCUCAUGUAGCCUUCUCUGCUUGUGGCCAUAAUAUGGGCCUUACUUCUUACAGACUGCAAGCUGCCAAUUAUGAAGGAAUGAUGUGAACGUAAACAACUUUUGCUUUGUGGUUGUACCUAUAAUUCAAAAGGAGUCGCUGCCUUGGUAAAACUAAAAGGAGUCCCUUUCCUUAAAAAAAUCGAAAAGAGAAGUGCACUGUCUCGUAGGCCCUCCAUUCCCACCAUUAGUCAAAACCUGUUCAAUUCUUUUGGCUACUUUAAUGGCUACUCUUGGCUACUUUUUAUUAUCAAAUCAACUUGGGUCCUUGGAGUCUCCAACUUGUUCUGCUUGUGAAUAAACAGUCUUUCUGAAAAGAGCCAUGAAAUUGAAGCUCUCUAAUUAGGCUCCUUUGCUUUUUACCAUAAUCUUCUAGUUAGUGGUCAGCAUUAGAACACAAGCAAAUAUGUGUACUAAACCGUAGAACCCGCAUAAACUUAAUAAUUAGAACAAUUCAUAGUUGCUUGACGCCGUAUAUUUAAGCUGCCAGUUCUAUGAAAUUCUGUAUGUUGUUGUAUUGCUGUGUUGUGUCGUGUCUG